GAUAGAUAAACGAACCGUCCCAUCCGAUUAAAUACCCCCAAGAUAAAACCACAGUAGAAGAAAAAAGAGGGGAGAAAUUCAACCUCACAUCUCUUUUCAUCCUUCUUUGUGUUUAUCGAACGCUUGAAUCGAAAUUGGCAUGUACAUGUAUAUAUGUUGGGGGAUUCCGGCGAAGUGCUAGAGAGCUCCGCUGUGGCAGCCUCCGCCGGAGGGGAAGAGAAGGAUGUGAAGUUGGAGGAUUCCGGCGAGAGAGCCACCGUAGGCGGCGGAGGAAACCGGUGGCCUCGGUCAGAGACUUUGGCCCUCUUGAGGAUACGCUCGGAGAUGGAGUUGGCUUUUCGUGACUCAAAUCUUAAAGCUCCCUUAUGGGAACAAAUCUCGAGGAAAAUGAGGGAGCUUGGUUUCAGGAGAAGUGCCAAGAAAUGCAAGGAGAAAUUCGAGAACGUGUAUAAAUACCACAAGCGUACCAAAGAAGGCCGGUCCGGUAAACGCGAAGGCAAAACCUACCAGUUCUCCGACGAAUUGGAAGCUUUCGAGAAUAUCCAUCACUAUCCAACCGAACCGAAAUCUCGACCAGUAAAACCGCCUACGACCACGACCACGACCACCGCUGCUUCCAUUGUUCCAUGGAUUAGUAGUAGCAACCCAUCAAGUGGUACCAACCCUACCUUGUUCACCAAGCAACAGCCUACACCGCCUUUUGUUUUGAAUCACAGUGCUCAUACAGUACUUGGUUCUGGUCAUAAAUUAACGAACCCUUAUAAUUUCGCAAGAAAUGUUCC